AAGUGGUUCAGUAAUGAAUCAUGGCCCUCGAACCGGAACAAUACCGCAUUCCGCCAAAUGAGUACGCGCCCAACAGUCGACUCCCAGUCCUCAUCUACCGUGACGUCCUGCCUUUACCUUUGUCCGAAGACAGCACUACGGCCUUUCUGGAGUCUCAUGGCUGGGAGAAGAGAGGUGUUUGGGGACAUAUCCCCGUCAGACAUUUUCACCCAAACUCCCACGAAUGCUACGGGAUAUUCCAAGGCUGCUCGACAUUACUCCUCGGCUGUGGGUCAAGUGACACUACAGGCGGGCUGCACGUAGACGUGUAUGCAGGAGAUGUUAUCGUGCUUCCAGCAGGAACGGGGCACUGUUGUGUUGAGAGUAGCACCGAUUACAGAUACAUUGGCGUCUAUCCAAAGGAAUGCCCCCGGUGGAGAAACGAACUUGGGAAAGAUCCCAUAGACGUGGUAGCUCUCCGUGAUGAGAUCAUGGCCGUCGCAAUGCCCACGCAGGAUCCUGUCAAUGGAGCUGAGGGGCCUUUAUUGCGCCUCUGGGCACCCAAUUCCACAAACCUGGACUAUCAUGAGAUUCGCGAAGAAUGAUAAAAUCUCCCCCUGUCUUACUUCGAUUCUCUAUGGCGCAGAAACUACAGGUUACCGACUUCCCAUGUUCCAAAAAAUGGGCUGCCAGGAUCUUGGAACUGGAAAAAAGGAUCGUAGGUCAUGUCCAUGACGGAGGUGUUGCCUGGCAUUUGCCACGGCGCAGCGGCGGCUUCUGGGAAAGGUGCAUCAAGCACGGGCGUAGCCGCCGCAAUUGAGGAAGGAAGCAGCUGGUCUCUUCUGGCACGUCCUCUGCUAUCUUGAACAUGCCGUUUUCUUGGCUGGCCUGACAGUGGCGGCAAUGCCUGUCCGUUAGACAUAUCCACAUCUACAGUAGGAUUGUGGAACAUCUCCAUCUCGACAGUCUCCUCUCCUUCAUCGGUGUCGUCCUCCUCGGGAAAGAAAGAAUCGUCGAAAAGCCCAAACUGUGGCAAUGGGGUGUCUUUGCCGGCGAAAUCGUACAAGAGGAUCUUCCACAUCAUACGCGUGUUGAUCGAGAUCGUCCUGCGAGGCGAAUCAUGUUCCCCAAUAGGCUGAUCGAAUGUGAACGCAGACUGAACUAAAGCUUGGAGCUUUUCAUGCUGGUGAGGACUCAGCAUCUGAUGACAAGCCUUGUCAAGUGUGUUGUUUUGGGGGAAGAGGACUCACCAUCAAUCGACAGGAAGGCCACAGUAAUGCCAGCUCUCCUAGAAAGGCAACACACGUCGCAAGUCUGACCUGCGCAGCCUCUCUGAUUCGGUUAUCCGCGGCUCGGCAGAAGUAGAUAUGGAUCGUUGCUGCAAUUGCCGUGCAGUGGCCAAUGAACGGAUCUGAAAUGCGGUAGGCCUUAUCUGUGAUCAUGUCAAUGAGACGUGCAAUCCAGGUGCCGUGGAUGAAUGCUAGCUCUGAGGACGUCUUCCAGAAGGUAUUUGGAACGGCCAAUUGAGCGGACUGCUGUGGCCGCGAGG